AUGGAGUAUGCGCUAUUUGACAGCACUCCGCGGUCGCGCGCGGCUGGCGGCUCGGAGGGCGCCGCACGGCCGAGGACCCGGGGUACGCCGACCCGCCGACCCACGCGCCGGGGGCGUGGCGAGGGCGGCCCGAGGCCCCGCCGGCCGCUCCGGGGCACAGGUGUGCGGGCACGGCCUCGCCGCCGGUCUCCCCCCGCCGGGCCUUGCCUUUUGCUCGAAGUGGAUGGUACCCUGCACCGGGCCGUCGCCCUUCAGCACGCACACGGCCUUCGUCACCAUGACUCGCGGGUACGCGCUCCGGUCCACUGCGAAGGCCACACAAGAAGCGUGAAACGCAAACCGAGGACGCAGCGCCGCGCCGAGCCGCGGCACCUUUAUAUGCCGGGCCGCCGCGCCCCGCCCACCCUGGCCCGGAACCAAUCGCCGCCCGCGCUCUCAGCCCGCUCCCCACGGGACGCGAGAGGCCGGGAACCACCGGGGGCGGGGCCAAAGGGCCGCUUGUGGCGCCUUGCUUUUCGCGCCGCCGGUUCCCUCCGCCCGGCGCCCGUAAAACGCCCAGAAACCUGGAACGGUGGAGAAAAACAGCUCUUCUCCUCCAAAGGGUGUAGUCCGUGGAUUGCAGUACACAAAAUAAGGAAAAUGAGACUGGCUGUUGCUGUCCGUAUCCCAAUCCUGCUGUUUAGUCACGUGGGGUUCUUCUUCGUGCCAGUUACGUGGGCGCAGAGGCUGGACUCUUCCUCCAAGGUCAUGAGCAGAGGAGCCUUCUGGAAUGCCUGUUCAACAAACAAACUGCCUCUCCCUUCAAGUGUCAAACCUGAGUGAGUUUGCAAUCCCUGUCGCCAGCAUCUGACGAAAAGCCCAAGGAAGGAGUCAAGACUGAGAACAACGAUCAUAUUAAUUUGA